GUUACCGCGCCAACCCGUUAACUGGUUGUUCACUUACUUAAACUAAUCCAAUCACACAGUCAGCAACUAAUUACAUACUUACGAUUGUUAUUUAAUCUAAACGAAAACUAUCCCGGGAAGUGUUUAAUUUGUGCUAAGUAUAAUUAACUGUGUCUUCUAUCGAUUGGCAAUGAUAUAAUAUGAACUCCUUCUUAUCAGACUAUAAACAGCUAAUGAGCAGUGUUUGAUUAUGUGAUGAUAAAGUUCGUUUAAAAUUAACGAAGUAAAUAAUUUCUGCAAGUGUUGUGAUUGAUGUAACUUCUGUUAGUGAUACAUAUCUUUAGAAUCGGAAGCUGACCGGGUCGACCAUGGGUAUUAUUAUUACCGAAAAAAGAUAUCCGUUGGGAUAGUCACCGACGGGUUGGUGAAAAUAUGUUCUUCCAAAAAUCAAAAGAAUUAAAAUAUAAGGCAUUCCUCCGACGAGAAAUGAACAAUCGACCUCCAGAUUAGCCAAGCUGCGGUUGGAGAAGAAAAACCAGUCUAGUCAAUAGUGAGAAUAGUCAAAAGUAGCGAACGAACUCAUUUGAAGUUUUCUUACUUCGACUGAUUUAAUAAUAAUAAUAAUUAUUGUACAGUUCUAUAAGCACAAAAUUAAUUCAAUAAUAAUUCGUAAAACGUGUUGAAAAUGGUGUUGGAAACUUUAGUUGUAUCAACUGCUUUGAAAACAGUCAGCAUUGUUGGAAACACCCUCUGGGUCAUACCGUUACUUCUAGCAGGGUUGGUGUAUCACAAUUAUAACAAAUUCGACCCCGAAGCGUAUCCUAUUGAUCAAAAAAAUCUUUACAAGGAAUACGACUUCAUCGUUAUAGGUGGAGGAUCAGCGGGAGCAGUGGUAGCCGCAAGGUUAUCAGAAGUACCUCAUUGGAAGGUUUUGUUACUUGAAGCAGGUCCGGAUGAGAAUGAAAUAACCGAUGUUCCGUCCUUAGCAGCCUAUCUACAGUUAUCAGAGUUGGACUGGGCAUACAAGACCGAACCUACCGGAAGGGCUUGCUUGGGUAUGAAAAAUGGAAGAUGCAACUGGCCCAGAGGGAAAGUUCUGGGAGGAUCAUCCGUACUGAAUUACAUGCUCUAUGUGAGAGGUAAUAAAAAUGAUUAUGAUUUAUGGGAAAAAUUAGGGAAUCCUGGCUGGGAUUACGAAAAUGUCCUGUACUAUUUUAAAAAAUCGGAAGACAACAGAAACCCUUACCUCCAGAAAACCCCAUACCACGGUACAGGAGGUUAUCUAACAGUCCAAGAGUCCCCCUGGAGAACUCCACUGGUGGUAGCGUUUGUACAAGCAGGGAACGAAAUGGGAUAUCCCAUUCGUGAUAUUAACGGAGCUGAGCAAGCAGGAUUCAUGAUCGCCCAAGGCACCAUCAGAAGAGGACAACGGUGUUCUACGGCAAAAGGAUUUCUUCGACCAGCUCGUCUUAGAAGAAAUCUUCAUAUCGCUUUGAACGCGCAUGUGACUCGACUGUUAAUAAGUCCACAUACUAAAAGAGCAUUCGGGGUAGAAUUUUACAGACAUGGAAGACGUCAAGUAAUUACAGCUAGGAGAGAAAUUGUUUUAUCGGCUGGAUCAAUUAAUUCGCCACAAAUUCUGAUGCUUUCCGGAAUCGGCCCCAAAGAGCACAUAUCAAAACUGGGAAUUCCGGUAAUAAGCGAUUUAAGAGUGGGCGACAAUCUUCAAGACCAUGUGGGCAUGGGUGGUCUUACGUUCCUUGUUGACAAGCCCAUUUCGAUAGUCCAAGAUCGUUUUGAGGCAUUUCCGAUGACCAUGCAGUACGUAAUGAACGAAAAGGGACCCAUGACAACACUGGGAGGCGUGGAAGGAUUGGGGUUCAUCAACACGAUUUACGGAAACAGAUCAUGGCCGGAUAUACAAUUCCAUAUGGCUCCAGCAAGUAUAAAUUCUGAUGGUGGACGAAAAGUGCGAACAGUACUGGGAAUUACUGAUAACUUAUACAACACAGUGUACAAACCCAUUGCAAAUAGGGAUGCCUGGACAAUUAUGCCUCUGCUUUUGCGUCCAAGAUCAAGAGGAACGGUCAGGUUACGUACCAAAAAUCCAUUUCAUUACCCCAUAAUCGACGCUAACUAUUUUGCGGAUUCCUUCGACAUCAAAACAUUAGUAGAAGGAGCAAAAUUCGCAGUAAAGUUAUCACAGUCAAGAGUUUUCAAGCAAUUUGGCUCCCGCAUUCAUACAAUUCCGUUCCCAAACUGCAGGAAUCACACUUUUGGAAGCGACAAAUACUGGGAAUGUCACAUAAGGACAAUUUCAAUGACAAUUUACCAUCCAGUUGGAACGUGUAAAAUGGGUCCUGAAACUGAUUCGACCGCAGUGGUUGAUCCCAGAUUGAGAGUGUACGGAGUGGGAGGUCUCAGGGUAAUCGAUGCCUCCAUUAUGCCUACCAUUCCAAGCGGAAAUACCAACGCGCCAGCCAUCAUGGUAGGAGAAAAGGGAGCAGAUUUAAUUAAAGAGGACUGGCUGGGAGAAAAUUAUCGACGCCCCAAAAUCGGAUAAACAAAAACAAUGCAAUAUGAGCAACACAAAAUACUCUAAAUAACGACAACUAUAUGUCAUUGUUAAGAAAUAAACAAUAGUGUCUAGGUAAAAUUUACCGAUUAUCGACUUCAUACGUACUGAAUAUUCUGAGAAAUUCGCAAAAAAGUAUCGGUAUUUUAGGCAGAUCAAAAAAGUGAACCUACUGUACAGAAUCUUCAUGCUGUGGCUAGACUGUCGUUAGGUUGUUAUCAUAGACAUAUAUUAAUGGACGUGCCUUAGCCGUAUGUCGUUGUAAUAGUUUCUUGGCUCGAAA